CUGCAUAACAAACAGCACCCAGUCAAAUGUUAUUUAACUGGCUAAUGUUUAAAAGAAAAAAGAUGGAAGAUUUGGAUGUGUGUGGUUUGAGACAAUGGGGAAGUGAUGCUGUGUAAUUAUAUAUGCAAUGGGCUAUGAUAUCCACCUGUUACUUUCACCUCAUCACCUCAGAACAGAUCCUUGAUUUUACACUUCUUUCAGUAUUCACCUUAACAGGACUGACACCAGGACCUCUUUUCAGUCUCUCACAUGAACAAUGCUCCUUCAACUGAUGUUUGUUGCACAACUGGCCCUGCGGUGUUGUCUCUCCAUAAUAACACCUGGCAUUUCUUACCCAAAAACCUUGCCAUGUGAUGUUACUGAGGCCGACAAUGGCAGUGUGGUGAAGGUGGACUGCAGUGAGAGAAGUCUCAAAGAUGUUCCCCGUGGCAUCCCCAGAGACACUACCAAUCUGACGCUCACCAUCAACCAUAUUCCUGUAUUAAACUCCACAUCCUUCCAUGGUCUGGAGAACUUGACUGAGAUUGACAUGAGGUGCAACUGUGUGCCCAUCAAAAUCGGCCCCAAGGACCAUGUAUGCAGUGAGAGUGUGACAAUUGAGGAAAACACCUUUACCAGCCUGAGGAAUCUGCGGGCACUCUAUAUAGAUGGAAAUCAGCUGUACAGCAUACCUAAAGGCUUGCCUUCAAAUCUGAUCCUGCUGAGUUUGGAAGUAAAUCACAUUUAUAACAUUUCUAAAGCAGACCUCUCAGAGAUCCGGAAUGUUGAGAAGCUUUACCUUGGUCAAAACUGCUAUUUUCGUAAUCCCUGUAAUAAGUCUUAUGAUAUCGAGAAUGGCGCAUUUUUGCAGCUGAACAAUUUAACAUUGUUGUCUCUUAAAUCAAAUAACUUAUCCUUCAUUCCCCAUCAACUACCUGUAACUCUAAAGGAGCUUUACCUUUACAACAAUAACAUUCAGGAAGUCACUGAUGAGGAUUUUAAAAAUUUAACUAACCUUGAGAUUUUAGAUAUUAGUGGAAACUGUCCUCGAUGUUACAAUGCCCCGUUCCCAUGCAACCCGUGCCCUAAUAAUUCACCACUGAAAAUCAGCAAAACGGCUUUUUCAGUGCUGGCAAAACUAAAGACACUCCGCCUGCACAGCAACUCUCUGACAUGUGUGCCAGCUGAAUGGUUUGCCAGCACAACAGAGCUGAAAGUGCUUGAUCUCUCAUCAAACUUUUUAGCAAGAGAGAUAGGAGUCGCCACUUUCCCACAUUUCCUGGGCAAGCUGGAAGAACUGGACCUGUCAUUUAACUAUGAGCUUCAACGGUAUCCUGAAACACUGAGACUGAACUGCAGCUUUUCUAGCCUCAAAGCCCUUAGAAUACUUAGACUAAAGGGUUAUGUCUUUCAGCAGCUAAAGCCAGAAAGUAUUGUUCAUUUAAAACCUCUCACAAAGCUGGAGGUUGUAGAUCUGGGUACAAACUUCAUUAAAAUGACAAACCUUAGUAUUCUGAUGGAAUUAAAAAGCUUUAAAAUAAUCAGUCUGUCUGACAACAAAAUUUCCUCCCCCUCUGAUAGCCAAGGUGCUGUUGGUUUCUCUGGAGGAGAGUUCUUGGACUGGUCUCCCAUUGCUUCUGCUGUUCAGCAUCAGGAAGUGAGAGAGAUUCAUUACUUCAGAUAUGAUGAAUAUGCACGCAGCUGCAAAAACAAAGACAAAGAACUUGGAGUCGUUACAUCCUUUGUCAACAAAGCAUGCAGUCAGUUUGGCAAAACUUUGGAUGUGAGCAGAAACAACAUAUUCUUCUUGCAUUCAAGAUUUUUUAACCUUGGAGAGCUGAGAUGUCUCAAUCUGUCUGGGAAUGCAAUGAGCCAAAGUCUGAAUGGUUCUGAAUUUACCCAUCUGACGAAUUUACAAUAUCUGGACUUCUCAAUGAAUCGCCUGGACCUGCUCUACCCCACUGCAUUUCAAGAGCUGAAAAGUCUGGUCAUCCUGGAUAUAAGUAACAACAACCAUUAUUUUGAAUCUGAGGGCUUGACUCACAUGCUUAAUUUCACAAAACAUUUAAAGAAUCUCAAGGUACUGAUGAUGAACCACAACAAGAUUUCUACUUCCACAAAUACAGAGCUGGAGAGUCAGUCACUAGAGAGGUUAGAGUUCAGAGAUAACCGCUUAGAUAUGUUGUGGAGAGAUGGGGACACCAGAUAUUACAACUAUUUCAAGAAAUUACUUAAUCUGACCGUUCUCGACAUUUCUCAUAACAACCUUAAUUUCAUUCCAGGGCAAGUGUUUAAUAGUCUGCCGGACAAGCUGUCUGAGCUUUACAUCAAAAACAACAGGCUAACAGAUUCAUUUAAAUGGGAUAGACUAGAAUCUUUACAUUAUCUGCAAGUGUUAGAUCUCAGUGGAAACCGCUUAACUAGUGUUCCACACAUGCUAUCAGACUGUACUAAAUCUCUCAAGAAGCUCAUUUUACAUAAAAACCAAAUCCUAAAACUCACACCUGAUUUUCUCAAAGAUGCCUUCAAUUUAAAAUAUCUGGAUCUCAGUUUUAAUCACAUACAGCAUAUUGAAAAAUCUAGCUUUCCAGAUGAUGUUGUUAAUCAGAUGGACAUGCUACUUCUGCACAACAACAGAUUCCUGUGCAUUUGUAAUGCCACUUGGUUUGUCACGUGGCUUAACAACACCACAGUAACCAUACCCAAACUGGCCACGGACGUGACCUGUGCCGCUCCGGGGACACAAAGAGGUAACCUUGUGAUCUCAGUGGACCUGCUGGCCUGCCAGUACAACUACCUGUCAAUCAUCCUCUACAUCCUCACGACUUCCCUCAUCCUCUGCUUCCUCAUCCUGUCCAUCUCCAGCCAUCUUUUCCUGUGGGACGUCUGGUACAUAUAUCACUUCUGCAGGGCCAAACUCAAAGGCUACAGCCGCCUGUACUCCCAGAGCUCUGUCUAUGAUGCUUUUGUGAUCUAUGACAAGGAGGAUCCCACGGUGUUAGAGUGGGUGAUGAAAGAAAUGUGUGUUCAUCUGGAGGAGCAGGGAGACCAUCGCCUGACACUGUGUCUAGAGGAACGGGACUGGAUCCCUGGAUGUCCCCUGAUUGACAACCUCUCCCAAAGCAUCCACAAGAGCAAGAGAACUGUGUUUAUUCUCACCAAUAAAUAUAUUAAAAGCGGCAACUUCAAGACAGCUUUCUACAUGGCCCACCAAAGGCUAAUGGAUGAAAAAAAUGAUGUCAUCGUACUGAUCUUCUUGGAGAAAGUCCCUUGCAAUUCAAAGUAUCUGAGACUGCGGAAGAGACUCUAUAAACGGUCUGUGCUGGAGUGGCCAACAAACCCCCAAGCCCAGCCCUACUUCUGGUUCAGCCUGAGAAGUGUGUUAGCAACUGAAAGUCACAAACAAUACAACAGUCUCUUCAAAGAGACACUGUAAAUGGAACAAU